GAGAUGGUAACGCAUGAAGCUCGCCGUAAGGAACAUGGUUGAGAGGACCAACAAAUUCAUUCUGGUGAUCGCCGGCUCCGCGGUCUUCAUGAUCAUCGUGUUCCAGUACGUGUGCCCGGGCACCAACUGCAGGACCUCGGGACCCAGGGCUUCCCUCCAGCCCGAGGCGGCGGAGGACAUCUUCCCGACCGCCGACCCGCACUACGUGAAGAAGUACUACUUCUCGGCCGCCGACCUGGAGCGGACGGUGGCUUUCGACAUCAAAGGCGACGACGUGAUCGUCUUCCUGCACAUCCAGAAGACCGGCGGCACCACCUUCGGGCGGCACCUGGUCCAGAACGUCAAGCUGGAGGUGCCGUGCGAGUGCCGGGCCGGGCAGAAGAAGUGUACCUGCUACCGACCCAACCGCCGGGAGACUUGGCUCUUCUCCCGGUUCUCCACCGGCUGGAGCUGCGGCUUACACGCCGACUGGACCGAGCUGACCAACUGCGUGCCCGGGGUCCUCAACAGGAGGGAGACCCGCAGCAGGACUCUCAGGAAGUUCUAUUACAUCACAAUGUUGCGGGAUCCUGUGUCGCGCUAUCUCAGUGAGUGGAGGCACGUCCAACGAGGAGCCACGUGGAAGACUUCACUACACAUGUGCGAUGGGAGGACACCGACACUAGAGGAACUACCAACUUGCUAUGACGGGAUUGACUGGUCAGGUUGCACUCUCCAGCAAUUUAUGGACUGCCCGUACAAUCUGGCCAACAAUCGGCAGGUGAGGAUGCUUGCAGAUCUCAGCUUGGUGGGCUGCUACAACAUGUCCUUCAUCACUGAGAAGAAGAGGGCCCAGGUCCUCCUAGAAAGCGCCAAGAAGAAUCUCAAGGACAUGGCGUUUUUUGGUUUGACUGAAUUCCAAAGGAAAACGCAGUACUUGUUUGAGCAGACUUUUCACCUACAGUUCAUUAAGCCCUUUGUGCAAUUCAACAGCACUCGCGCAGCGGGCGUGGAGACCAGCAACGAGACGAUCGAACGCAUCGAGGAGCUCAACGAUCUGGACAUGCAGCUCUAUGACUAUGCAAAGGAUCUUUUCCAACAGCGGUUCCAGUACAAGAGGCAGCUGGAAAGGAUGGAGCAGCGGAUACGCAAUCGGGAGGAACAGCUGGGAAGGGUUAGCGAGGAGAUGCCCAAAGAGGAAAUCGAAGAGCAGGGCCGAAUGCCCACAGAAGACUACUUGAGCCAUAUUGAGAAAUGGUAGCCUUGGGACUACAGAUUAUUUCGAAUUCUUAACACAAUGAUGACUGAGCUGUUUGGUCUUCCAGAUUGUACUGGAUCUUGGAGGUGAAGAGGAAAUUUUUAUGUCUGUAAUUUUAAAAUCAGUCUGUAAAACAGAGUUGUUUGCAUCAGAGCGUUAAGGGGUCUCUCUGUAGACCACCCGAGUGCACAAUUGAAUAUAAAGAUCCAGAAAUAGAACAUACAGAAACAAAGCCAAGUUGCUGAAACCGGUCAAACGUGUGACCAGGAGGCACUACAUUGUGACACGGUACACAUAGUGUGUCUGGAGCUAUUGGCAAUAGACAGCGAAGCUUUUAAACCUCAUUCAGUGCCCGUGCAGGUUCCUUAAGCAAGAAGCUGGUUGCAUUUGUGUCAGUUCAGUGACUGAUGCUAUUUAGAUCUCAACACAGUCUGCACUGUAUUGAUUCUUGAUGUUUUUCUGAUUUGAAAAGAUUAAAUUCAGGGUUGAAAUUUUGUACAGCCAGUGGCCCUAAGUAAAAUGCCUUCCCAGCCCAGUCUAAUCUUUGCCGGUUGUGUUGCUGCAGUCCACAAGAUUUUCAACGUUGAGUCGUAGCUGUGCACAUUCAUUUCAUCUGUGCUGAUUGUUGGCUUAUCCCUUAAUUAUCCAUCAUCGGAACAUCCCUUGCGACUAACGUUGACACCAGUGAACUUUCUAUAAGAGAAAACGGUCUAAUCCCUUCUCCCUAUGUUUUCUGUGCUGUUACAAUGUAUUCUGUGUACCUCCAUCAACUGGGAGGAGCGCCAAUUAUAGACUUUGCAGCAUCCUCAAUGUCACUUUUUUUUUAAUCUUCGCCCCAAGCUGGCUGAGACUGUGUCGCCCAGUAGUAAAAUUAUUCAAGUUAUUCACAUCCAUAGACCAAAAAUAGGUCAAUUAUGAAUCUUGUAGUGGUGACUGUCUUGAAAUCUGGUCUAUUAUUAUAAUUAUUCUUAUGCGUCAACAUUUCCGCUUUUAGAUCAUCUGAAUGAAGGCUGAGGAGAAAGUACGAAGCCUACAAUAGAUUUCCCCAUUCCUUGUAAAUUCUCUCUAAUCCACAAUGAAAUUUUCCUCCUUUCAAAAGCUCUAUCAGCGUUCUUGAGUUCUCAGAAACUGGCUUGCCGGUUCAUAGUGCAAAAUGUCUUGGCUGUGCACAUCAGCAAUUAUCAUUAAUCAUCUAUUGUGAGAUUCCUGACAUGUCACAGAAAAUUAAGGUUCCCCCUUUUUAUUUCACUAUGAUUUUGGUUGCGGGAGUAAGGCAGGAUCUUUUCUUAACCCAUUUUAAUUCUGAAAUCAGUUUUUAAUUGUAUCAAUGUACAGGAUUGGAAUAUGUUAUAUUCUUGCCUCUCCACCCCGCAGUGCCACCCCAUGAAUUAAUGAUUUUCCACAUUAAUCAUUAACCAUAAUGGAAUAUUCCCAGUAAUGUUGGUAAAGACACCAGAUUGGAAAGAAGGGAGUGAACUUAUUUGCCAUGAAUCAGAGCUCCCUGCUUCACCUCUGCAUCCCCCCACCAAACCCUCCCCUCCACCACCGUAUAAACACAGAAACGUGUAAAUAAGACAGCAUUUCAAUGCAAAGUGUUUUCUCUCUCUGUGUCUGAAUUUUUGUGGACCCUUCAUAUUCAAAUGUGGGAAUUGUAAAAUAUCCGGCAUUUUGUGAUAACGUCAUUUGCUCUAUUCAGACGAGUAAUUAAUUGGGUUGCUGCUCACUUUUAAAAAGUGACAACCUCCUCUCACAUAAUUUCAGUUCAGUGAGUCUCCAAGGGAAUUAUCUUCUGAACUGGCAUCCAUUAUGAAUGCAAAACAUGUGAAAUCUGGUGUCAUCUGGAUAUAAAUGCUGUUGCUUUUGAAAUCUUAAUUUACUAGUUUUUUUUGUUCUGUUGUUGUUCACGUUGAAAGGUUUUCAUAAAUUUAUAACAGUACUCGGGGCUGCUCAGGAUUUAUUCCAUUAGAUCAAACAUAUUGUGUUUAUUCAACCCUCAAAGUUAAUCAUUUUGCCUGGGAGCGCUCACUCCCAACAAAUGCUGUAACGAUUUGGGAGCCAAAAUGUUUUAAUUUUUUUUAUAAAACAGAGAAAAAAAGCUGCAGAGCCAUAUAUAGAGUGUCUCCAGUUUAUAUGAGUUGGGGACCCAGUGAUGCCUCUUGAGUUUUUUUUUUAAAAAAGGUAGAUAAUUAAAGGAGUGGCAUCAACAUUGAGAGAUAUUCUCAAGCAGAAUCACAGGAACUGUUAUGACAGACAGACGUGGCUGUUAGCACUUGUGUAUCCAAGAAAUACUUUUUUUUAAGGGUUAAAACAAAGUUUGUGGGUCUCCCAUAAUUUGAUUUUAAAUAUGAUUCUUGUAUAAGUAAGCCAUUACUGUCGUCACAUGAAAGGCCCUAGAAAACAUAGAAUUUACAGCCUUUCAGCCCAGUGUCCGUGUUGACCCUUUUAAAAAGCAAUCCUUUCCGUCCCAUUUACCUGCCCUUUCCCCGUAGUCCUGUAGUUUACACUCAAACUCUGCUGCAGAUACUACAAUUGGCCUCUAUGCCUCAGAGCUUGGAAUGGAAAAAUGAAUCAGCCAUGUUUUCCAAUGUUAUGGGCUGAAGCCUGGUGGAAAGCAGGUUUGUGUAUGUAUGUUUGAGGACAUUUGGGGAACUCGAGUUUUGCUGUGAUGACCCCUCAGUUAAAUAGCAUCCUGACAUUCUGUCUGCCUCUGUUCACGUAUGACAGGAUGAUCAGCACAAGAACUUCGUACUCCAGAAUGAUUCAGUGGAAAUUGGGAGGGCAGCGAAAUAUUUAACCAGUUUUGAGCUCAGUCACUCUAAAAGAAAUACUAAAUACAUUUAUAAAUGUCUUAUCCAUUUAUGCCACUCUGGUCAAUUGCACUGAUCAUGUGUCCUGCUUUGUUCCCAUUCCUGCAAUGAUGACACUGCCCCUUUAAAUUUGCUUAUGGGCGAAUUGAGGUGUUUUGGAACUGUUGAUUUGCGAUCUCAUCCUGUGAAAAACCCUGCCUUGUCUUUGAGCGUGUGCAGCUGGGAAUAAAAUGUUUUGGGGGAAAAAACUGCAGGAAAGGGUUAAAGAAACGCCGCAACUUACUGCGUAUGUUGUGGUAUAUUUUUUAGAACUGAUUUUAUAUGGAAAAAAAAGUCACGUCGUAAAGGUGGAAGCGAACUACUCAGUUUAAAGCACUGCUAGGAUCGUGUUUAAAAUAGAGGGUUUGUGGUCCCUUGUGGGGUGGGGGGUGGUGGGGGAAAUCAAGGAUAUGGCACCAAUGAUGAUCCAUUGUGCAUUGGACAUGAAUGACCCCUAAUUAAUGAAUGCUGAAGACACGAUUGAGCUGCCGGGAGUCUCGCUCAUAGAUGAGAGCAAGUUGAGGAGACGAGGAGACCCACUGGAGUGAUAAUCUGUUUAUUGCUCUGCAUUUCUUGUUGUGCAGCAUGGAUUCUUAAGUGGCAAUUCCUGUGUGAACAGUUGUUUUAUAAAAAUAUAAAAGUUACUUAUACUCGGCCUGUAUUUCCUGACAACCUCAAUCCUGCUGUUCUGCACCACAUUAUACAGAAACAAAAUGGGUGAUAAUUUUGGUGGUAAUUCUACACAUUAAGCAUUGUAGACGUAUUGCAAUGGUGAGUUUUCGAAUGUGGUAAACCCAGUGAGGGACCGAUCCAGGCAGCCCAACUUGACACUUGAGUAUGAGUGGCCACCACAUGGAGAAUGUGCAGUGAAAGAUUUAUAUCAUAAAGAUCACAGUGUGAAAUAGGAACUUUAUUAACUUUGCCAUAUCUGCUCUUUUAUAUUUCCCUUUCUCCCCACAUCCCUCUACUUGUUUGGUUAGAAAUGUUGCCAGGGAGUUCAGUCAAGUAUUAAUAAAGGCACCGUUUACACUGCUGCCUUUCACAGAGCCCAGCGAUGCUGUGAAAUCACAAUGAGAAGGAAUCACUUUUAUUUAUUGAGAAGAUUGCAUUUAAAGGUAGUUGACGAACAUGUGGUUGAUGAAGUGUCCAGUGCCUUGGGACGUCCUCCCGACGUGAAAGGCGCUAUACAAAUGUAAUCUUGUUUUUGUUGUUGUUGGGUAAUGGAUGAUAAUGGAUGACACCAGCUCUAUAAUGUAGCUGGUGAUUCUUUAUUACAGCUUUCUGAACUCCCAACAAGUUUUAUUAAGACUGUGGGUUUAGAGUGAAUGCAUUUCUUUCUUUCUGUGUGUGUGUCUCGCAUUUUUUCUGUCUCUUUCACUUUUACUCUCUUUUACUCUCUCCCGGCCAUUAACUCACGGUUAGGAUAUCUUUCAAAUAGAGUCUGGGUUAGAACCAAAAUUCAUCAAAAUUGUUUGAGUUAUGAGUGUAAAUGUCAUGUUACUUCUAUCUAAACACACAUUACAUUUCCUAAAUCACAUGCCAGUAUACAUUGCAGGCAAAUCUUUAACCAAAUGCAACACUGGCGUGGCGUCCAAGGCCAAUUCACGUUUCAACUUAAAACUGUUUUGUAUCCCUUGGAGUGGAACCAGCAGGGAUACUACAAUAAUGAUUAGUUCUUGAAAGUUGUUAGAUUAGAAAGAAUUUCACACUUCCCAAUAGAUGGCUUUGUUCAAUAUGCUCAUCUACGAUUGAUAAGUAUUUUCAUCAAAAAAAAGUAAAUGUUUCAGUUCCCAGUGACAGACUAAAGUAUCCUGGUACAUAGCUCAACAAUGUACUUUCUAAAGUAGGCAUAAGAGAUCUGGAAGCAUGUUCAUGGAUUGCAGUACAGUUUGCAAUGUAGUAAAGUCAUAUCAUCAAUGAAUUACGAGCUGGGUUUCACUGAUGGAUGGGUUUCAUAGAUAAUUGAUUGCUAAUCCCAGGGGAAAUAUCUUUGAAGUGUCUAAAUUACCAGGUUUAACAGGUCACACAGUUGGGAUGCUGCAUCUUCCAUUCAUGUUUAGAUCACAUCAGAGGGUCCCAUGCUUGAUCUGUGCUUGGGGCUGCAGUUGGGGUUCAACAAUUAAGCAAAAUCACCCUUAGUUAGGAGAAUUUCUGCAACGAUUCACUAUUUGGGGAUUCCAGGAAAGUGAAUGCGGGUGUAUGUCAGGUGAUGGAGGGCAAGAUUGGUCUUGGCAUUGAUAAUCAUAAUUUAAUAGACUGGCUCAUUCACUGUGUAAUCACUAUGAAGAAUAACCACCACUGAAAAUGUGUACCACGGCACAACUCAACACCUUCAGGAAAUGCAAUGAGACAAUUGAAAAGGGAACAAUCCAGAGCAGCACCGUGUUUGGGGUGCACAUAUAUACUUUGUACAAAUAUGAUCUACACUGCACAAUGGAAGCUCACACUUUUAACAUGGUUGGAACACCAACCCAUGUGCAGAUGGACGCAGGCACCCACAUUGACCACGCCCAUGGUUCCUGCUAUUGCGAAGCAUUUUGAGGAUUAGUGUCAGCUCUGGGUGUUAGAUUGGGAGCCAAUGCCAACCAGAUGCAUUGUGGUAGUCUCCUGCAGCGAGUUACAAGCAGUGCAGUGUCGUGAUGUCAGAUGCAGUGAAUGACUUGUACAUCCAUUUGCCAUAACAAAACAAAUAACAAGAAUAAUUAAAGCAACUGGGAUAGACAGAGGUCCAUUCCUAUUCUUACAUACGCCCCAACCCCCUUCAAAGGAGUUAUAUGAGAAUUCUCGUGAGAUUUUACUUCCGUUACUCGUGAUGAAUUCAUUGUUUUAUAUGUGAGCAGCCUGAAAACCCAACUCUGCGUGAGGGGCGCUAUAUAAAUGCAAAUUGUUGUUGUUAGAAAUCUUCUCAUUAUAGCAUAAUAAGCCAAAAUGGUUUUUAUGUUAAGUGUGAAUGAAUCUUACUGUAUGCUGUUCAGCCAUCAGAGCAACUGCAAAAGUAGCAGCUUCCCUUUUGCUGAUACCGUUUCCAUAGCAUAUGCUUUAAAUCGUUUUCAAAUAAUCUGUGGGACUUCAAUCCCCAGGCAGGUUGUUAAGGGUAAGGCACUAAGUUGACACACUGCAUUGGUUUCCACCCCGGACAGACACUCAGCAACAUUAAAAAUUAAUAGUGAGUUUAGUUCCCAUUGGUACAAUGAAUGUCUAUUGCAAAGCAGGCAUGCGAUAUUGAGUAAAUAACCUCUUAAGAAUCUUUUUCAUACUCUUGCUUCUCCAGCCCAGUACGGUUCCACCAUAACUAUAAUGUUGGUACUAUAAUCCAUUACUUAGCUCAUCAGAGAAUUGCACAUUCAUAUACUUGGGAGCAAUGAUUGUCAUUUAUGUUAUUUCUAAAACUGUUUAAUAAUAAAGGAACAAAUUUACAUUUUGAUUUGCAACUUUGCUAAGUCGAAGUGAAUAAUAAUGUACUCUGUCUGGGUUCUUUCUAAUGUUUCUGUCUUAAAAUAUGCCAGAAAGGCAAGCUAAAGAUGCUGUGUUUCGAGAAUAUUUUUAAAUAAAAUCUGUAACUGUAAUUCAUAGUCAGGGAUUUCUUAAAGGGAGUGAGAUUCUACUUAGCAGUCACCGCACAGAAUAUUAAAAACAAAACACACUAGCUGCUUAAAACAAAUUGUUUGCUCAUAAAUGACAAUGUGUUAAAAAGAAUUUGCCGAUUUGGAAUUUUAGUAGCUAAUUUUGUGCACUAUGUUGACAUUAGUUUGACAUCUGUAAGCUUUAAGUUAUAAAUACAAUGUUGCAUGAGUUAAAUAAUGUUUUAUCUAAAACAAUAAAAUAUUUUUUUCAUUA